GGCUCGGGCUAAGAAAUAACUAAUAUGAAUAGCUGAGAACAUAAAUAUUUAUAUUUUUUAAAUAUUUAUUUUAAAAUGUUUUCUGUGAUAUAUCCACUGACCGCGGUCUAAGAAUAUAAUGUUCAAAUUAAACGAUGCAAUUUGUACAAAGGUGUUUAAAAGUUACAACUUCAUGUGUAUUUACUAUUAAAACAUUCUUAAUUAAUUAAUAAAUAAAAUAAAAUUGAAUAAUGAAAACACGUAAGUGUUGUGUAAAAGGAUGUACUAGUGUAAAAAGAAAUCCCAAGAUUUCUUUUUUCAAUGCACCAAAAUCUAAUUAUUUAGCUUGGAACUUAGCAGUAAGUAAUGCUAACUGCGAGAAAACAUUUGUAAAACUUGUGUGUGCUGAACAUUUUCGACCUGAAGAUAUAAUAAAUACAUAUUCGGUUCCAGACGAUGUUGCCAAUGAAGUUGGAAACAGAAUUAAAAUUGGUUUGAAAAAGGGAAUUGUUCCUUCCAUUUUUUCUCCUGUCAACAAAAUAAGUAAUGAAAUUUCAUCUUCUGUCUAUAAUUCAUAUUCUGAUCACAAUUAUGCAAAUUUUUCAAGUAAACAAAUCAAUAAAUCUAAUGGGAAAAAAUUAUUUAUUGAAAAUAUGUCUAAAAAUAUUGAUGAGAUAUUGACAUUUAAGGAUCUAACAACACAAUUUAAAAGAGUCGUAUUACCGGAAGGAUGGACAUCACAUUUUAGUAAUGAUGAAAUUGUUUUUUAUAAAGCUAAGUUUAAUUAUGGUAAAAUGGAAAUUGAAAAACAAUUAAUUUUCAAAAGUACAUUGGAAAUAUGUUUAUAUGUUUACCAAUUUGCUAUUCAAAUUGAAAAAAUAAGCUGCACGUUAAAAUAUCCAAUGAGCAUAAUAAAUCUUUGUCAAGUAAUUAAAGUACUUGAUUUUAAAAAAAUUUGUGGAGGUGGUCCAAGAUCAAUAGAUUUUCCAGGAGUUCGGGUAAAAACUGCAACUUUGGAAAAUAAUCAAUUGUGGCGUCACCAAAAAUGUCCAAUUUUAAUAGAUCUAAAAACUAAAAAAUGUUCAGCCUGCAACUUCUUGAUCAACUAUUUUAAAAAAUCGGUGAAGCAAAUAAAACAGUCAACAAAUAAUGGAUGUACUCUUACACCAACAAAAUGUAAUAUAAUAAACAAUUUGAAAAGAUCCAAUAAAAGGUUACGGACUAAUAUUACUAAGAUCAAUAUUGAAUUAAAGGAACUACAAGAAAAACAAAGGCAAUAUAAAAUUAGUGAACAAAACAAUUCUUAGAAUCGAUGAUGUAUGUAUUCCUCAAAAAAUUUAAGUCAAAUAAAUUGUUUCAGUUUUAAUGGUACAGCUGAAUUAGUCAUAAAAGCAAUUGAUCUUAGAAUUAUCAAACAUUCUGGUAUUAAAAUGGAUGGAAGUGUCAGGCAGAAUAACUAGCCAUAAAAAUGUAUGGUCAGAAUUGGGAGAAUCGCCUGAAAAUCCUUACAUUAGAUGAAAUAUUGUGUUGAACUUGUUGAAGUCUUUAACAAUGGUUUGAAUAAUAAUUCUAAUGCACCGACUAAAGCGAGUCCUAAAAUCAUACAAUAGGCAUAUAUUUAAUGAUUUUAUGUUAGUACAAUUGGCCACACAACAACUCAAUGGCCAGAAUAGUUAAAUUUUGUAUAAAACAUGCUUAAUUAAAGAGCUAUCAAAAUAGUUAUGACACAAACUAUUUUUAUUAAAAAUUUCAUUCAACUUGUUUUCAAUUUGUGACUUGUGCCAGUAAUUUUCAAAUGUCAAGGGAACAAAAGAUUUUAGAAGACAAUCAUAAAUGGCUUGACCAGACUUAAUAAAAGAAGAAUUUUUUACCAAAUCAACAGCCGACAGUUUACAAGUCACUAGCAAGUAUCAUGUCAACUAAUAACUAUCAAAAUUUAUUGGAGAACUGUGUAUAUGUUUUAACUUACAAAUUUAAUCCAAACCGAUUAGAAGUAAAAAUAAUAGCGGAAUUUUUAAUAUAAUAGUUAUUAACAAAUUACUCCUGUAACCUCACAGUUUAAAGGAUGAUGCGUGUUGCUAACGAGGAUUCUAAUUUUAAUUAAUAUUUCAGUUCCAAAUGCACUUUAUUUUAUAUACCUUUCUGUUAAAUUACAUCACUUUUUUCUUMUUAUUAUUAUCGGUACCUACUGACUACAGUAUCAAUUACUUGGGUUAUUAUUAACUUAUUAGGUAACAACACGAUCAAUAUUAGCUAGUAUAAAUAAAUACAAUCAUUUUCUUAGAUUAAGUUGUACAUAUAAAUAAGUUUUAGAAAUGUAAUGAUUUUGUUGAUAUUAUUUUUUGUUUGUAUACUUAAUUCUGUUAUAUUUGUAAACUGUUAUCAGCACUUAACCAGUAGAC